UCUUCUUCCAGUCCUCCUGUACUUAGCUUCGGGCUCGGAUCAUGGCGAGGCUCAUGGUCCAUUUCUCUGUAUACGUGGCGUGGCGUGUGGUGAUUUUGACACUGUUUCGUUUGGCCUCGAGCAGCAGCGAGCGCGCUCUUCUGCAGCCGUAUGAUUUUUUGUAUUACAGUGGGGUUCGAGCAUAUUUCAGCCAGGACUGGGAGAAGGCUGAAGAGCUGCUGGAGAAAUCCAUCUUCACCAAAGAUUCCGUGUUCAGAGUCCGUGCACAGUGUCACGAUCAGUGCGUGGCAGCGGGUCGAGAGGCGCUCAGUCACCUGGACUCUGCUGAGGGUCACCUGUGGGACCUCUGGGCUUUGGACUGGGUGCAGCAGAAAGCUGAAUGCUUGAAGUUCUGCAUGGGGCGGUUCAUCACACAUCUAGGACAGCUUCCAGUGUCUGUGGACAUAGAAUAUGAAUUCGGUACUCGCAACCCCUACAACUUUCUACAGAUCACAUACUACAAAUUGGAAAAGAUGCAGAAGGCGGCAGCGGCAGCUCACACCUACUUUGUAGCCAAUCCGAGUCACCUGGAGAUGAGGAACAACAUAGAGAAGUACAGACGGAUGAAAGGCAUGACAGAUGAGGCGUUCCAGGACAGAGAGAUUGACAAGGAGAAACACUGGGUUCUGUAUGACUCUGCACUGCACGAUGAGGCUUCCUCUGAUUGGCCGCGUGCAACUGAGAAAUGGAAAGCGUGUGUGAAUGAAACACUGCGGCAGAUAGAGGAGUGCAGGGUGCAGUGUGAGGUAGUGCCCCAGCGCCUGCCCGAGGACAGAGGGGUAGGCACUGCCAGUGGCGUUUUCGAGAAGGCUGCAGCUCUUUCCUUGUCCCUGCUCUCAUGUAAGCAGUCCUGUGUGACUCAGAUCGCUACACGACCUGGAAGGAUUUCUGCUCAGGAGGACUUCUUGAUUACACAGCUGGAGCAUCUGCACAUUGCACAGUUUAAAGCUGGCGAUAUUAGCGGAGCAGUGCAGACGCUUCGCUCUCUCCUCUUGUUCUACCCCUCUGAUGCAGACUCCUUAGACAACCUGCAGCUCUACUAUGAAACACUAGGUGGAGACAAAGACACACAGCCUGUGCAGGAGAUCGUCGAAUAUGUUCACUGUGCUUUGCAGGAAAAGAAGCUUAUCUAUUUUGGUGUGGAGCACCUUGACUUCAGUUUCACCGACCCUGAUCUUUGGACUCCAGAGGAUGUUGUACCUGAAUCACUGAGAGAGGCCUGGAGAGCAGAAAAAGAGAAAAUGAAUGAGAAAAUGAAAGAGGGAGAGAAGGAGGAGGAAGUGGAUGACAGUGGAUUUUUUCCUGGAGGACACAUUCCUCAGGUGGGUGUGACCAUUACCAUGGACGACAGCAUUCUGAAUGGAACCAAUCGUGUAGUACUUGACGGCGUCAUGACUCAGAAGGAGUGUGACACAAUACUGCAGUUAACCACAGCUGCUUUGUCUGCCGGUGAUGGUUACCGUGGGCGACAGUCUCCUCACACACCUCAUGAGACUUUUGAAGGUCUGACUGUUCUCAGGGCCGCCAAGCUGGCUCAGGAUGGUAUGGUGAACCAAUCAGAUGCCAGACUGCUGCAUGAGUUGGGCGAGAGAGUGACAGUCUUACUGCACUCAUACUUCAAUAGCCCAUCAGGACUCUUCGUGUCUUUCACACACCUGGUCUGCCGCAGUGCUAUCGCAGGAGACCAAGAAGGAAGGCUGGACCUGUCUCACCCUGUCCACGUGGACAACUGUCUUCUUGAGCCGGAUGCCAAGCAGUGCUGGAAAGAACCACCAGCUUUCAUACACAGAGACCUCAGUGCCGUUCUUUACCUGAAUGAUGACUUUGAGGGUGGAGAGUUGUUUUUCACAACCAGGGAUGCCAAGACAGUAACAGCACGAGUAAAACCCAGCUGUGGUCGAUUGGUUGGGUUCUCCUCAGGUCCAGUAAAUCCUCACGGUGUUACUGCAGUGACCCGUGGACGGAGGUGUGCGCUGGCCCUCUGGUUCACCAAAGAGAAGCUCUACCGGGACAUGGAGCGAGAGGAGGCUGAGACCAUGUGGGCUACAGAUGGACAGAGUGUGGUUAAAAAAGAGGAGGAGUCAAAGGAGGGAGGCAACACUCCUCCUCGCAACGCUCGGAGCCACGUAUUAAAGGAGAGGAGCAGAGGGACAGGCAGGGUGAUGGGGGGAAAAGAUGAGCUGUGAUGGCUCCACGAGCUUCCACAAACUGGCACAUUUAAACCGGAGUGUCCAUUCGAACUGAGCAGACCGCCAUCCAGCAACUUGACUGAGGUGUCGUUCAGCCAAACAUGUCCGCUCCACCUUUUCUAAGAUUAUUUUGUGGCAAAUCUGUGACGGGAAAAUGGAAAGCAAGAAGCAGCCAAAGGUAUUAUAGCUGGGGAAUCGAACCUGAGGCACCGCCAACUCCAGCUUGGUGUGUGCGGACGGCAACAGAAAUACCCGUGACUGCUGGUACGGCAUGGGCGGUGUGUGCCAAAUACACAGAAAGCGUUAUAGAGGACAAAAGAUGUGGAAAAAUAAAAGUGCGGUUGUGUAAUUUAUUACAGACGACUUCACAUCCUCUGUGGCUGCCUGCUGAGUAAAAUCAAAUAAAAAAAUAUCCUCCUCAGUC